CAGUGUUUUCUCUCAACUAUUUCUCCAGUGCGCGAUGCGCCUGUACGCCUCCAGCAUAUCAAUAGCUUCAAACCCACCGCUAUCCGAGUCCUCUGCGGAACACGCGGAUCACCUCCCACAGCAUUUGAAACCCCACCACACCACAUACGACCUGUGAGUGGCUAACAGCAGAAAUUGUUCCAGCAAACUGUAUUCUUACUGCACAUGUGCAAUGCCAGGAGACCAGGAGAAAGCCAGCAGGGCUAGAGCUGCACAAGAAUGGGAGUCUCCAGGUUACGAGUCACCACUGCCCGUCACGGAGAAGUCCAAUCCGCUGUCCCUUGACAUAGACAGGGCGGGGCCGCAGCAGAUUGUGCGUGUCCUGCAGGAGUGUGAUGCUGAGGUAUUCCAGGGAGACCUGCAGCCAGACGCAGAGUUUAAGAGACUCUACAGUGAGUCUGUGAUACAAAUUCUGGUGGAUGUGGCUGACAGGGUGAAAACAAUUCUCAGGGAACCAGAUGACAGUUUAAUCGUCCUCAGUGGAUGUGGGACAUCUGGCCGUAUUGCUUUUCUUUUAGCGAACACAUUCAACAGGAUGCUUGGAUGGCAUCAACAAAAGCCAGUGUACUCUUACAUUAUUGCUGGAGGUGACAAGGCACUGUUGACCUCUCAGGAGGCGCCAGAGGACUCUCCCUCACUGGGAGCACAAGUGCUGAAGGAGGCUUGUGUUGGAAGGAAGCAUGUUCUCUUCAUUGGAAUUUCCUGUGGUCUAUCGGCACCAUUUGUUGCUGGCCAGCUCGACUUCUGCUUGAACAAUCUGGACAUGCUCACGCCUGUGCUGAUAGGAUUCAACCCUGCACACAUGGCAAGGAAUGAGCCUAUCCAAGGGUGGCCACAUACUUUCAGACAGGUCACGGAGAGGAUGCUGGACUUGCAGAGGGCUCAGAGAGCUUUUGUUCUAAACCCAGUGGUUGGGCCUGAGGCCAUCAGUGGCUCGUCUCGGAUGAAAGGGGGCACGGCCACAAAGGUCCUGCUGGAGAGUGUGCUCCUGCUGGGGCACCGAGCGGUCCAUAGCCAUGUGGAGAUCAAUCGCCAAGCUGUGUUGGACUGCAUCAGAGAUUAUGAGAAGGUUCAUGAAAUGACAUACUGUAAGACCAAUGAGUUGGCCAGUGUGGUUGGAAAAGCCGGAACUAGCCUACAGAAGGAGGGGCAUGUUUAUUACCUCGGCUGGAAAACUCUGGGAAUUAUGGGAAUUAUUGACGCGAGUGAGUGCGUCCCCACAUUCGGAGCAGACUUUCAAGACAUUAGAGGUUUUAUGUACGGGGGUUUCAGUGAAAUGAACAAUAAAGAGGGAAAUUUGUCCUCUCUGGGUCCACAAUUCUGUAUUGACCACAAGGACUUUGUGAGCACUAUCUUGCCCCUCAUAGGAGAGAAUGACACAGUUAUCUUCAUAUUUACUGUGGAUGAUGAUUUUGGCGAUGUUGAGAAAUUAGCUGGACAAGUGAAAAAGAAGACCUCAAAUGUGCAAGCAAUUUGUCAUGAAUACAAAGGACACUGUUUUCCUGUGAACAUCAACAACAUAUUUGACUCAAAAGUCCUUAAAAUUAGUUGGACCCCAUCAGAUGCAGAUGAUGAUUUUUUCAUGAGGCUACAGUGGGAACUCUCCACAAAGUGGAUGCUGAAUGGAAUCAGCACAGGUGCUCACAUCUUAAAGGGGAAAGUCUAUAAAAACUACAUGAUAGAUCUCAAGGUCACCAACAGCAAGCUGUACAGAAGGGCCAUAGGCAUACUACAGAGGUUCACAGGUUGCCAGUGGACGCAGGGAGAGAGAGCCCUCCUUAGAGUCCUCUAUGGAGCGGAGGAGCUUACUAAGGAGAUGGCCACGGCAGAUGUCAGCAGACACACGCAGGCAGCCACCACGAGCGACAGGGUGGUUCCGACGGCUCUGGUGGUUCUCCAGACGGGCUGCUCAGUGUCACAGGCACAGGCGCAGCUGAGAGAGUGCUCUGUGGUUAGGGAUGCUGUGGAGACCUGUCUGACCUCUGGACGCCACUAACUGCACUCCCAAACUGAAAUAACCUGACAGGGCUCUUUGUGUUAAGCUUGGCUGAUCACAACACGUGUCAGGAAUAUCAUUUUAUAUGUUUGUUUGCAUUUUUUGUGGUGUGUUUAAAACAAUAUGCUUUCUUACAUUAGACUUACAUAAUGUAUAGUGCAAUAUAAUUGUUUAAUUUACAACAUGUACCACUUAUAUGUAAGAAAUAAAUAUCACUAGAUUAGUACAUUAAAGGUACACUAUGCAAGAUUUUCACCUUAAUAUAACCUUUACGAAGCCACUUUGAUGGUAAACAAAUCUGUUAUCGGGGAAUCUUUCACCUAGCAUAGCCACAGAACAGCGGUGCAACUUCAAGAAUAGCCCCGAAGACAUCUUGUGAGAAUCGGAUAACAUUACCUUGUCAAAGGUCUUUGGAGAUUUUGCCUGUUGCUGUUAAUCCAUCACCUCCACAGUAAAAAGCAUUUUCAUUGUGUAUAGGGGGAACAAGCCAUGAGAAGUAGGCUAUUUACAACGGCAGA